AUGAGUGAAACUCCUCUGCUGAAUGUUCCCUCCUCAAAUCAAAGUGAAAAUGAGAGCAACUCAACUAUUUGCCCAGACUUGAAUGACUGGUGGGAAAUCGUGUUCUAUAUAGUACCCAAGUAUAUCGACACCAUCUGCGUUAUUGGAAUACUUGGAAAUGUAUUUGUUCUCUUCACUUAUUCCCUGCACAAGGCCCCCCUGAAGAUAGCUGAAAUCUACCUUAUGAACCUAGCUGUUGCUGAUCUGAUCUUCCUCACGUGCCUCCCUUUCUGGGCAGAGAACAUAAGGAAUGAAUUCAACUGGCCAUUUGGCAAUUUCCUUUGUCGUGCCACCAGCACAUCCAUCAGCCUAAACAUGUACACCAGCAUCUACUUGCUAGUGGCGGUCAGCAUGGAUCGCUAUUUGACUUUUGUUCAUACCUUGAACCACAGAGGGAUACGGAGCAAAAGUAUGGCCAAAUGGAUCUGCUUGCUCGCCUGGUUCUUCGGCAUCCUUCUCAGCCUCCCAAUCUUUAUGUUUCGGACUGUGAAACACUUUCCCACAUGGAAUAUUUCAGCAUGUGCUUUAGACUUCCCCAGCCCAUCAUGGGAAACAGCUGAAAGCCUGGUAUUCAACAUAGUGGGAUUUGUGUUGCCAUCUACAGCAAUCAUCUUCCUUAAUUUCUCUACCAUCCACAACCUACAAAAAAAAGCACGAGAACAAAGAUCACUCAGAAUAAAGAGCUGCAAGGAGCACAAAGGCAUGAAGGCUACCAGGUUGAUCUUCACAGUGGUACUGAUGUUUCUUUUGUGCUGGACUCCAUACCAUUUAUUUGUAUUCCUUGAUAUAUUACUCCGGACAGAAGUGAUCAAAGGCUGCUUCUGGGAGGAACUGCUCAACUUUGGUGAGCAGUUUGGUUAUACUUUGGCUACCACCAACAGUUGCAUUAACCCUGUGAUUUAUGUCUUUGUUGGGAAAUACUUCAGGCAAAAGGCUUUAGAAGUUUUUUCACAGUUUAUUCCCUGUGGAUUUCCUUUGAGCUGGGUAUUGUUCAAAGAAAAUUCAUAUUUCAAUGUGUUUCGUCAGAAGUAG